GACUCCAUGGACGGCAUCUCCCAGCCAACUACUACCAGCGCCUUCCCUGAGGUGGAUGCUGGCUUGCGGAAACAGGAACUAUCGAAAUGGAUGUCACCGAACAAAGUAUUACGCGUCCGCUAUGUGACCACAUUUCUUUCUGUUAUGAAAUAGCCUUCACUAGCGUAUUAAAGGCGGAUCGUGGAGAGAAACCUGUUUCUAGUAAGUGGACCAAUUUAUAGUGUCCUAAUCUACAUCCAUAGCCUAUUUUUUUCCCCUUCUCCAUUGCCAAUACCGCUAGAUGCGUUUGCACAAGGGCUCUCAGGCAUGUCUUUUGCUACUGGUGCACGCCAUCGGAAGUGUCGUGGCAGUAGACUUCGCUCAGUGUCUGACCGACAUCAUUCAGAAUGCAAAUACCACCCAGAAUUUAACUGGCCUGCUCGACGGUGACGGAAAUCCCGUGUCGAACGCUUCUAAUGCAACUUCGAUCAGCUACUCGAUGUGCGCCUCCCAAUGUGGGACUGGGCAGGAGCCUUUCCAAUGGGCUAUAUUUUCGCAAGAAUUCAGCGCGUGGCUGCUGCCAAAUCUUGCAUUAAUUUCGCAGCUCCCCUUCGGAGCACAGUAUAGGCUUGAUAAUCUCAUGUCUGCCGUGUUAACCGUUGGGUCACCGGCACUUGCCGGCUACUCUCUAUUCAUCACUCUCCUCAACUCUCGCUGGAUCAAGCGCCGAUUUGAUUCGUCGGUGGACUACCCUAAUUCACGCUUUGCGCUCUCCAUCUUGAGCAGCCUUCAGCAAGUCCCGCUAAGACUCCACCCUGAUCCCGUACGCUUGCCCUCUCUCAUUGUCCUUCCGGAAAACGACUCCUGGUGGAAAUGUUUAGCUGAAUUUGUGGACUACACCCAUACGUGGUCAAUUGCUUCGGCAACCUCCAUUGCAUGGGUCAUUAUCGCCUAUAUCCUGACUGUAGCCAACUCCCUAUCGAACGUUUACGCAGAUGUCCAAUCUAAUGGAGAGGCCACUGGCUCAAUGUGGCUGUGGUUGAUUCCAGUAGUCGUUGGAUGGCUACAACUCUCCCCCAAAUGCGAUUUCGAUCGCUUAAAAGCGGCUUAUGACCGCGCAGACCGACACAGUAUACACACAGGACCAGCAGACGUUCAUGUAGGAAGGUUGCCAGCAUCAUCCCGGAGAGCAUUGGCAAUAACUGCUAAGGAGGAGGAUGUGAUGUCUCCAGACGAACUCCUCACCCCUCCGGUGUUCAAUUACUCGCGUUCGCUGCGAUGGGCAUCUACAGCAGAGACUGUCUUCCUGGUGUUCAAAGCGGCAUCAGAGAAGGCUCAUAGUCAUAAACCCAUUUGUGGGAGUGAUUGGGUCGAACCAGGCACUUCCGUCAGUACCCAUGAAAUGGAGUGUUUCCAAUGCUCCGACUCUACCCACGACAUCGAGACUAUCCAAUACAUUGAUGAUACCCAAAACAUCGACCACAGAAAUCGAUACGGGUCCCCCCAAGACGUCGUCAUGUACUGCACACCACCCAACGAGACGCGGAGCAGCCAUUGGGCACCUGGCGUGUUCACAAGAAUGGCCAUCGCUUCCUGCGCAUCGCUUGGAUUACAAUGGGGAACAGUCGGAGCGGCAUUUUUGGUAGGGUGGUUCACUCCUACGACAAAAAUGGGGUGUCGAUCUAUCGGUUAUCUCCUUUACGGAGCCAUAUCGACUUUGAUUUGGAUGAUGCUUCUCGUGUCCAGUAUUCUCGCCCACUACUCCACAGCUGAUCCACUUCGUGCUCGAGGAGUUUUAUCUGCACGCAGUGCUGCUUUAAAGCUUUCGCACCUCCUGCGAUGGACGGGCAAACUGUUGGCCAUUAUAAACUUUUUUUUGGCGAUCAUGGCAUGUGUAUUUCAGUACUCUAGCUUCUACGAUAGAUGUUACUGUAAUUCCAGCGUGUUUAGCAGGCACGGCGCAGCGUAUGCUGUGAUCAUCGAAACCGCAGCUCAAGCCGCACAAGCUAAGACUGCGUGGGUCGUUGCCCUUGUCUUGGCGUGUACAUCAGCGACAGCUUUCCUUGCCUUGCUCAAUCUUUUAUUGGACACUCUUCCGUCGUAGGACUGAUUUUUGUUGUAGGAUCAUUUGUAGUAUUACUUAUAUUAAUCAAUAUUGUGUUUCAAC